GAAGCAUCUCAAGCUCUCCAACCUCACAAACAAGCAAGCUAGUUAUUCACGCAACCAACCAGCAUAAUCAUCGCUGGAGCUUCUUGCGAGCUGAAGCACUUCUUUCCAUUUUUUUUGUCUUAGUAAUCGAGUAAACCGCAAACCAGUUUGCAACAAUGGGGGAUCCAAGAGAGUCGUCGUCGUACAGUGUUACGCCGCGAAUCAGGUAUAAUACCAUCGGCGGUAUCAAUGGUCCCUUGGUUAUUCUGGAGAAUGUGAGUUUGAAUGAUGAUGGGUAGGUGGUACUUGGGCAUGUUCUGAUAGGGUCGCAGGUCAAAUUCCCAAGAUACAAUGAGAUUGUUAGCUUGACUCUGCCUGAUGGCACACAGAGGUCAGGACAAGUGUUGGAAGCUAGAGGUAUGUGGUAUAUGUGCUAUUGAAUAUGCGGAACCAGUUGCUAAUUUUAUAUAAUCUCUAGGUGAUCGAGCAGUUGUCCAAGUACGAAUCCGAUUUCCGUAGGAUACCAACAUUUGAUACUAACCAACGGUUUAGGUUUUCGAAGGUACUCAUGGUAUCGAUGUGAAAAAGGUAUGGCAAAGUUACAAAAGCAUUUCAGCUACUGUGUUGCUAAUACUGCAGUAGUCUACAGUCGAGUUCACAGGACACAGCUUGAAACUUGGUGUCUCCGAGGAUAUGUUGGGUCGAAUCUUCGAUGGAUCUGGAAGAGCUAUCGACAAGGGACCAAAGGUGUUGGCGGAAGAUUAUUUGGACAUUAACGGAAGUCCUAUUAACCCAUAUUCAAGAGUAAGACUUGCAGAUCGGUAGUCGAAUUCUUUGGCUAAUCUAUAUCAGGUUUACCCCGAAGAAAUGAUCUCAACGGGUAUUUCUGCUAUCGACACUAUGAACUCCAUUGCUCGUGGCCAAAAGAUUCCUAUUUUCUCCGCUGCAGGUUUACCACAUAACGAAAUUGCUGCUCAAAUUUGUCGACAAGCUGGUUUGGUUCAGAAACAAGGUGUUACAAACAAAGGCACACACGAUGGACACGAGGAGAACUUCUCCAUUGUUUUCGCAGCUAUGGGUGUCAACUUGGAAACUGCACGUUUCUUCACUAGGGAUUUCGAAGAGAACGGAAGUCUUGAGCGUGUCACCCUUUUCUUGAAUUUGGCUAAUGACCCUACGUAAGUUUCACGCCAGUCUCUCCCUAUAGCCGACAAGACUAAUGUUUCAUAGUAUUGAACGUAUUAUUACCCCUCGUCUUGCCCUUACCACCGCCGAAUAUUACGCCUACCAAUUGGAGAAGCAUUGUUUGGUUAUCCUUACCGAUUUGACUGCAUACUGUGAUGCUCUUCGUGAGGUUUCAGCUGCCCGUGAAGAAGUACCUGGACGUCGUGGAUACCCCGGUUAUAUGUACACGGAUUUGUCCACCAUUUAUGAACGUGCUGGUCGUGUCCAAGGUCGAAAUGGAUCCAUUACUCAAAUUCCUAUCUUGACUAUGCCUAACGACGAUAUUACUCACCCUAUUCCCGAUUUGACUGGUUAUAUUACUGAAGGACAAAUUUUCAUCGAUCGUCAACUACACAACCGUGGUAUCUACCCACCUAUCAACGUGCUGCCAUCUCUCUCCCGUCUCAUGAAGUCUGCUAUCGGAGAAAAGCUCACCAGAAAGGAUCACGGUGAUGUUUCUAACCAAUUGUACGCCAAAUAUGCCAUUGGUCGUGAUGCAGCAUCCAUGAAGGCAGUUGUUGGUGAGGAAGCUUUAUCUUCUGAGGACAAGCUCUCGUUGGAAUUUUUGGAGAAAUUCGAGCGUACUUUCAUUUCACAAUCUGCUUACGAAUCGAGAACCAUUUAUGAGUCACUCGAUCAAGCAUGGAGCUUACUUCGCAUUUACCCCAAGGAAUUGCUCAACCGUAUCCCACAAAAGGUUUUGGCCGAAUUCUACCAACGAUCUGCAGCUGACCGCAAGGGUAAAGGACGUGCUGGCAACAAGGAUACCAAGGAUAACAGUGAGGAAGGUAAGGCGAAGGAUGCGCAAGAGGAGAACUUGAUCGAUGCAUGAAUAUGAAAUUGCUGCGGAAGGGAGGGUAGUGAAGAGUUGUUUUGGAAGAGUGUAAGAGGGUGUUUAGUCUUGUCAAUAUAUCUCUCGGAUUCCUUUGCAUUGAAAUGAGCGCGCUUGUGUAGAUAUUAUGAAGAAGAGAAAGUCGAGCGCUGAAU